AUGGUGUACAAGGUUUCGCAAAUACUGGGACCAUCAGCAGGCCGCAGAACGUCUCCCGCGUCAAAGUCUCGAGGAGGUGGGUCUCCAAACUUGCUGGCGACGCUGACUACCCCCAUCAAAGUGAAGGCAUCGGCAGAGAACCGCCUUUCUGUCCUUUCUGUCCAGGAUGCAGCGGAGACCAGGGUCCGCCGGUCGGGUGAGGAGAAGAUGGCCUCUGCCUGGGGCCUCGAGUUCGAGGCAGAAGCCUUGGCGGCUCAGGGCGAGACGAGAUUCCUGCAGGCAGAAAUCCAUCGGCUUCUCGCCGAGCGUGCAUCGGAGCAAGUUGCCACGGGCCGCAGCAUGGCCGAACUAGAGGCCACCAUUGCGUGGUUGCAGGCCAGUCGGGAACAUGACCGAAACGUCAUGCGCGAUGCACGUGAGAACGUGGAGGCCGCCACCAAUCGGCUCUCAGAGGGAUAUGAAGUUCGACUGGCCCAGCUGGAUGCGGAUCGUGCUGCGCUGGCCGAGCAGGUCUGUCAGCUGGAGAUGGAAAUUCAGAACCUCCAUGGCAACCAUCUGCAGGACAUCCAAGCCCACCGAAGCUGGCAUUCGUCUGCUUUGGAUACUCUCUUCGAGACGCGAGGCAGUGAAUUGGCUUGCCUUGCCAUGCGCGCGUGGAGGGAGCUUCUGCGCGGCAAGGAUGCAGGCGGCCGCCGCCGUCACCUUGCCGGACGAGUCACUGCUCGGCACGUGCAGGAAAUAAUGCUUCAAGCCAAGCGGGCGCUCUGGGCGGCUUGGAGCAGCGCCGCGGUCCGUCGCGCCCAGCACCGCCGCAGCGCAGGUGCUGUGACCAAGGCUGUGGCGCGGCUCUCGGACGGAGAGUCGAGGAGGCGUAGGGCAUUUGUUGCUUGGCGAAUGGCGGUGCAUCCGCUGCGUGGAUCCGCACAGAAGGCCUUGGCGCAUGCGCGCCUGGCGACCGUGCAGCAUCGCCAGCAGGCUGCGCACCGGGAGUUUCAGAGGAGCUGCUGGGACAUUUGGGCUUCAAACGCACGUGAGGAAGCAAGGAGACGAGAACUGGAGGCUGCUUCCACAGCUCUGCGCGACCAGGUGGCAAUGCACAAAGAAGCGGCCCAGGCUGCGCAUGCUUCUGCUGAAGAGCGACUUCAGCAAGUCGAAUUGCAGUUCCAGGAAUCGGAAAUGAUUGCUGCCGAGGCUAGCAGCCAGCAGCUCCUCGAUCAGAAGCUUGUGAGCGCCAAGCUCGAGUCACGCCUGUCCACCGCUUCUGAGCGGGAGGAGGAGCUCCGCCACGAGAUGUCGCGCCUGGCUGAUCUGCUCACAGCCGCAGAGGCCGAGGUCCUGGAGAAGACAAGCGAUGUGGAGAACGCGGAGGAGCGCCUAGCUGCAAAGACGGCAGAGGCGCACGCCUUCGAGCAAGCCGAGCUCCGGCAACACACCCAGGAGGCUGCGAUUGCUGGGCGCCUUGCCCGGCUGGUGCAGCAGGCGGCGGACCAAGAGGAGGAGAUUGCCGUGCUGCAGACGUCACUGCAUGCAGAGCGGGCCGCGCUGGCUGUUCUGCGCCGUAGUGAGCUUCAGAUCACGGAUGCCGUGACUGAAGCCAAGAGCCUUCCGGUUCGGCAUGUCCGCACAGACGUGGACGAGGCCAAGAACAGAUGGCGGCUGGAGCAUAGCUUCUCUGUGUCGGCGAUUCACAAAUCCGGCACGCUGCCGGAAACACUUCCAUUGGCUUCGAGAACAAAGAGGCUCGCAAGCCGGAGCCAGUGA